AUGAGCUGGGUGUUCCUACGUGAUCUGCUGAGUGGAGUGAAUAAAUACUCAACAGGAAUUGGAAGAAUUUGGGUAGCUGUUGUGUUCUUGUUCCGCUUACUGCUCUAUGUUGCUGCUGCAGAAAACAUCUGGAAACAUGAACAUGAUGAAUUUGAAUGCAAUAUCAAGCAGCCUGGUUGUGAAAAUGUCUGCUUUGACCAUUUCUUCCCUGUCUCUCACAUCAGAUUUUGGGCUUUGCAAUUAAUCAUGGUCUCCACCCCUUCCCUCUUGGUUGUCUUUCAUGUUGCUUACAGAGAGAACAGAGAGAAACACCACAACCAGAAACUUUACAAAAAUCCAGGAAAGACAGAUGGUGGAUUGCUGUGCACUUACCUAAUCAGCCUCAUUUUAAAAACAGGACUUGAAAUAUUUUUUCUUGUUCUGUUCUAUAAAUUGUACAACGGAUUCAAAAUACCACAUCUUGUGAAAUGUGACAUAAAACCAUGUCCCAGUAUUGUAGACUGUUUUAUUUCCAAACCCACAGAAAAAAUGAUUUUCCUCUAUUUUCUGGUGGCAACAUCAUGCCUGUGCAUUGUAUUAAAUCUAAGUGAACUGAGUUAUCUGAUGUUCAAAUACUCCACAAAAUGUUAUCUGAAGAGACACGUGAAGAAGCAGCAAGGCUCAAAAGGCAAUUGCUGCGAAUCAGAACUCAUCAGGCACAACAGAGCAAGGAGCGCAAAGGGAGCCCAUGCCACCAACAGAGCACGACCACCGAGUUUAUCUGUAAGAUCACCAUCUCACUUCCCUUUCAGAAAGUGCCUUGUUUAUUUAGUUUUUAAUGGUAUGGCAUAAGGACUCAUGUAUUUUAUAGAUAGAUACCAAACUGGUAUUAUCAAAAUAAACCCAUCUGUUUUAUAAACCCACUAUUUACAAAAACGGUUUCUGAAGUUUUUUUGUUUUGUUUUGUUUUUUUAACAAAAAUUAAACUAUACACCAAUCUAAGUUACAGAAACAAAAAUAACCUUUAUAAGAUCACAUGUAUAAAACAAGAAAUGAAAUGUGUUUUUAUUUAAGGCAAUACUGGGCUACUUCACAAAUCACCACCUCAAAUAUAUACACUGCUCCACACUACUAAUUUUCUAUCACAUUCACAACGGAUUCUUUAAUACCAAAUAUUGUUUUAAAUCUUCAAUGUAGCAAACUAUUUUUAUUCACAUUUCCAUUUUUAUUAUGGAAUCAUAAAUGCUUUGUAACCAAUUAAAAGCAAUGAAAAAUGUAGCUAUAAGAAAACUAUUAUAUUUAUGUGUUAACUACAUAUGAAUAUCAUCCAUAGAUACUGGAUGUUAAAAUUUACAAAAAUGAGAGCGUGUCAGUACGUUUAACCUAUGAAAUGUGAUCUUAUCCAGCUUUUCUUCUGUAAAUAAAUGUUUUAUGCAAAAUAAACUGGAUAUGGCAGACUUAGCUAGAUUUAGUUCAAAAGUUCUUAAUUUAAAAUGAUUAAAGGACAGUUUUAAAAACUUGCUCACUUAGUUACAAAUUAAAAUUCCGAAUAUAAAUGUGUCAUUUAAUAGUUUAGACUUACAGACUGCUGGUGGCAGCAAAUGAUUUACAAUAAUAAAUAUAUACAAAAAAAUGUAUCUACAA